AUGCGGCAAGAGGCCGAGAAUGCGAGCGCGGAAGAUACUGAUGACGGACGCAGCACCCAAACGAAAUGGGUGGCCUUGCAUUUCGCGGCACAGGAGGGAUCACUACCCAUGACCAGGUCACUGUUGCGUCACGGCGCCCAAGUCAACGCCAAAGAGGACGAGGGUCUCACACCUUUGCAUAUAGCUGCGAACGGAGGAUACAUUAACGUAGUCUCGGAACUGCUAUCUCACAGAGCGGAGCCGAAUGCGGAAGACUUUUCCGGCAGGACCCCUCUUUUCCCGGCAGCGAAUAAGCGUCAUCUCACUGUCGCGAGAGAGCUG